GCUCACAGUUUGGCGACAUUCUGCCUCCAAUCCCUUUCCCUUCUCUUCUAUUUGGCAGAGCUUAACACGCUCUCUUCUAUUCACCAUUCUUCGCUUGUUUUUACUCUUUCCAUUCCAUUCUUCUCUUUUUCAAUAUUCCCUUCUCCCACUUUAAUUUUCUCAACUGUUUUCCCUUCUCACAAAUUACUACGCUUUUCACCAUUUUAUAAAGCGCAAAUACCUGAGUCAUUGUUAUUCUUACUUGGUAUUUACAAAACAUUCGUUGUUUACCUGCAUGUCAGUUCACUUAUUCUCAUAUCCAUGUUGGUAUCUCACUCAGUUCACUUUUCUAGGUUUUGUUUCAGAUGAAGAUUAGAUCUGUUCCGACAUAGUAUCAGCUGUAACCAUUUAGUAAUUAAAUCCAUGGCUCCCUUUCCUCUCUGGCUCUGGAAUGAUGUGACUUAGCCAAAUCAGACAUUCAUGUGCUCCAUGAGACACCAAACAUUAUCUUUAAAGCUUGCUCUCAUUGCAAAACUUAAGCGUGUGGGUGGGCUUUGUUCGAUGUUGGUGACCCUCAUGUUGAAGCGCAUUUCUCUGACGAUUAACAAAGAGAAUGGUUGUUUCCUGACCAGAACCACAACACUUAGUUUCGCCUGAGAAGGAAGUAGCCAAGUUUUAGUUGAAGGUUUGGGUGUUGUCUUCAUUAUCAAUCUGUCACACUUACACGUGAAAUAUGCUUAUUCUGCUUGCCAUUCUCUACAUCAUAGUGAAUGGCCCGAUCUUUUGUUUUGGGAAUGUUUACAGUGUUGAGGACAAAAUUUUGAAGGUUGGAGAAGAGCUUUGGAGAGAGACUUUACCAUUACAAGGUGGCUCUCGCUUUUAUCAAUUACAAGGUCUGAAACCCCACAUGUGGUAUGAAGUGAAGAUAUCAUAUCCAGCUUCUCAGAUACCUGCUAGAUUUUCCAUAGAACUGAAGAGAAACAAGUUCGAUAUGAUGCUGAACAAUAACAGGAGAUUGCUUAACACUGAAAAGCUCAUUUUUAAGACCGAUAGCAAUCAGGAUGAAUCCAAUUUAUUAUUAGUAACUGUGGAGGCUGAGGGGUUUCCAGCAAAACGGCAUGUACCGGAGAGGGAGUUUAUUAUCUUUAAUAUAGUAUGUGAUGAAUUAUUAUUAGGCAUACCCCACAAAGCUUGGUGGGUUGUGGCACUGGGAUUACUCUGUCUCGGAAUUGGAUUAAUCGUUCCUUCUUUUCUUCCCUUGUAUUUGCUACCGAAGAAUCAAGUUUCAAGAUCAGAUGAUCGUGUUUCGAAAGUUUCUUGACAAGCUUUCAAGGAAGAUAAAGUGGUUGUAGAAUUGUUUAUUUCAUUUCAAAUGCUGUGAAGCACACCUGCGUGUCGCUACUAAUUUUUUGAGUGUUCUAAAUGCUGCUCUACCAGCCAAUGA